UGGAAAACACUUCUCCCUGGGCAAUGUCGUGUUGUUUGGCAACGAAGAUCGGAUGAACGUGGAUGAAAACCUCGCAAAGAUCUUCUUGGAUCGGCGUGUGUACCGACUUGUGAAUGUGGCGACGAGCUGGAGGCACUAUGUGAACCACAUGCUAGAACUUCUUGCGAAACCGUUGUGUAUGCACUCUUUGUAUCUUAAGGAUGUUCGAUCGGAGCGUAGGGGUGAUAUUUUGCGGCUGCAAGGGGUGGGGGAUGCUGAACUAGAGAGGAGGAGGAAGGUGACAUUCAACGAAUUCUUCAUAGACAAUUACGAAUGUCAUGAGGAAGCACUGCGCCACUGCUUCGAGACUCUCCACAAUGAUCUGCCCCUAUCCGCUAGGAGAUUUGAUUACCUGGAUGAGACCCUGCGCUCGCUCGAAGCUUUCGGGAAACUUCUCCGGUCCGAGCCGGAGCGCCCGCUUGGGAAACUCUUCUUCAAAAACGGGGGGUGGCCAGAGUUCCAAGAAGCAAGAGCAUUGUGUCUUAACAAGCUAGAACACUUGCCCGAUUGGUUUGAUUUGCUUCCAAGCGAUUCAAGCAAAAUUGAAGACUACGUACUGAACAAUGCCACGAUCAUACUUUGCACUGCUGCUAGCUCAUUUAAUCUGCGCCGCGUCCGUGAUUUCCAGCCGUUUGAGCUCCUUGUUAUCGAUGAGGCGGCGCAGCUCAAGGAGUGCGAGUCGCUGAUACCUCUACAGCUUGGUAUCCACCGUGCUGUUCUUAUCGGUGAUGAAUGCCAGCUACCAGCGCUUGUCAAAAGCAAGCUCAGCGCUGAGGCUGGCUUUGGAAGAAGUCUGUUCGAGAGGCUGUGCUUGCUAGGACACCCGAAGCACCUCCUCGAUGUGCAGUACAGGAUGCACCCAGAAAUAAGCAAGUUCCCCAUCUCAAGUUUUUACUGUAGGAAGGUGACAGAUGGCCCCAACGUCCUUCACAGAGACUACGAGAGGAAGCUCCUGGACGGCCCAAUGUAUGGCCCCUACUCCUUCAUCAACAUCCAAGGUGGGAUCGAAAGCUCGGGCAUGCAUGGCACGAGCCUGAGCAACGCUGCUGAGGUCGCUGCGGUGACCCGGAUUGUGCAGAGAUUGUCCCAAGUUGACAUAAGAAGCAAGCUCAGCGUGGGCGUGGUAUCGCCAUACAAGGCCCAAGUCCGUGCCAUCCAGGAGAGCCUUGCUUUGGAGCACGACAAGUAUGGCGGUUUAUCCGUAAAGAUCCGAACCGUGGACGGGUUCCAGGGUGCCGAGGAGGAUGUUGUCAUCUUCUCCGCCGUGCGGGCCAAUACCCAUGGAUCGGUCGGGUUCCUCUCCGAUCAGAGGCGUACCAAUGUGGCACAAACACGGGCCAAGCAUUGCUUCUGGAUUCUUGGUGAUGCGGCUACGUUGUCGAGCAGCAGGACAAUCUGGCAGAAGAUAGUGGCCGAUGCAAAGGAAAGAGGAUGCUUCUAUGAUGGCAACGACGACAAAGACCUCUGUUCUGUGGUGAGCGUCGCGAUCAAGAAGGAUGAAGUCAACCGUCUGCUCAAGAUGGUGGAUGCUCGUCUUGGUAUAUGCAGCUCAUAAUCUUGGAAAUCCAAGACGGACUAACUAUGAACUUCUAAACGGGCAGGCAUAGGGAUGUGCACUGACCGCUGAUGCAGUUGCUAAUCUCUUUGAUCGUCAGUCGAGUACUCGCCAGAGGCCAACCGCAGGAACUUACAGAGCCAUUUUUUUCCAAAAAGGAGGAUUACCCCCGGCCUCUGCAUCAAGUGAUACACGCAGAGGAACUUACAGAGCCAUGUGCGCAGAUAACAUACUAACUCUUGGUUGGCACUUUGCUUGUUUGAGCCUGUAGGUUUCUGUUUUUGUGCAUGUAAGAUGUUCUCAGAGGAGUUUGGAGUGUGCGCAGCAGCGGUGAUAUUUCACGUGUGUGAGGUGGAACAGAAAGGAUAUUACUUAUUACCUGGUAGCUGAUUAGUUUUGGUUCUUGAUCGUAAGAGGAUGGCCAGGGUAUAAUCAUGUUGGACUAUGUAGUCUGAUUCCAGAAAUGAAAUUGAGGAGCUGAGCUCCUUUCCUUGAAAAAAAUAGUACUAAUUCCUGUGUUAUAGCGGUGAUAUGAAAGC